AUGAACGCAACGGAAGCACGAAAAAAGUUAUGUGCCGUAUAUGGAGAUGAAGCCUUGAAAGAAAGGCAGUGUCAAAAUUGGUUUGCCAGAUUUCGUUCUGGUGAUUUUUCAUUAAAAAAUGCUCAACGAUCUGGCCGUCCAGUUGAAGUCGAUAUGAUCCAUAUCAAGGCCAUUGUCGAUUCAGAUCGUCAUAGUACAACACGUGAUAUUGCGGAGAAACUCAAUGUAUCGCAUACAUGCAUUGAAAAAAAAUUAAAAAUGCUUGGUUAUGUCAAGAAAUACGAUUUAUGGAUCCCUCACCAGCUUGAGGAAAUUCAUUUGACGCAACGCAUUAGCAUCUGCGAUUCACUUCUGAAACGUAACGAAACUGAUCCAUUUUUGAAAAGCCUAAUUACUGGCGACGAAAAGUGGAUAGUUUAUAACAACGUUAAUCAGAAGAGAUCGUAG